UUAUUAUUGCAUGUUCACGGACUCCCGCAGGAAGCGGAUGCCCCGCAAACCCCCGCCGCUGCCGACCUUGGUCCCCUCGCCGUUCACGACAAAGGCGCCCCCGUUGUCGUGCGUCACCGUCGCCGUGGGCUCCUUGGGCGCGUCCUCGUCGUCGUCGAGCGGCGAGGGCUGGUGCGCGGGCCGCCGCGGCUGGACGACGGGCGUCGAGCCCGCCGCGCGCUUGCGGACCUCGUCGCCGUCGACGUCCCUCUCGGUGUUGCCGUCGUCCUCGUAGCGCAGGUCGUAGAAUUCCGCGCCGCCGUCGACGUAGCAGUCGGUGACGCGCGCGGGGAACCAGGCGCCGUCGAUGACGCGCUCGACGCGGUCGCCGCGCUUGUAGCGCGCGCGCUGCGCGGGCUCGUUGGGGGUCGACAUGGCGUCGUCGGCCUGCCAGACGUCGGGCAUUGUUGCUUUGCUGCCUCGGUGCUGCGGUGGUUUUUGCGGCGUGUGGGGUCGUGCGGCGGUGGCGUUGGGCAGCGCUGCGGCGUGCUAUGGCAGCGUUUUUGC